UUAUUUUUUGAAGCAAUUUAAUUUUCUAAACUUAAAUUCAGCCAAAAAACGUAAACCUAAACCUAAGUCUUCAUCCUAUCGUUAGCACCAUCUCACGCUUUCCCGCUAUUCACUCUCAGACUCUCUCGAUUCACUCAGUAAGCUCAUUGCCAUCCGUUCCUCCAUCCAAUCCUUCCGCCGUCCCUCAGUCUCGCCUCUGCACAGAACCAAUCGGCUCCGCCUCUCAAUCUCUUCACUGCAAAGAAGAAUCCCCCGCUCCUCAAUCUCGCCGCAGCACAGAGGCAAAGCGUCGCCUGCCCCUCAACCUCGCUGCUGCACCCGCUGCCGCUCAUCCUUCCUGCAUCACAUAAGCAAUCCAUCGCAGAUUGAAGAAUGAGGAAGCUAAAGUUUCAUGAGCAAAAGCUACUGAAGAAGGUAAAUUUCUUGCAAUGGAAGAGGGAGGGCGACCACCGAGAAGCCAAUGUCAUGCAUCGUUACCACAUAGUCGGGCGGGAUGAUUACAAGAAGUAUUCGAGUUUGUGCCGGAUGGUGCAGAAGUUGGUCAGCAUAUUGAAGCAGAUGGAUCCUAAAGACCCUUUUCGAGUUGAAAUGACUGAUAUGCUUUUGGAGAAACUCUAUAACAUGGGAGUGAUACCAACCAGGAAAAGCCUGGCUUUGUGUGAUCGUUUGUCAGUGUCAUCAUUCUGCAGACGAAGGCUUUCAACUGUUUUAAUGCGAUUGAAGUUUGCUGAGCAUUUGAAAGAAGCCGUCACAUACAUUGAGCAGGGUCACAUUCGAGUUGGUCCGGAGACAGUUACUGACCCAGCAUUCUUGGUUACAAGGAAUAUGGAAGAUUUCAUCACUUGGGUAGAUACGUCCAAGAUAAAGAGAAAGGUGCUGGAGUACAAUGAGAAGUUGGAUGAUUAUGAUGCAAUGAACUAAAAAGACUCCUCUUGGAUGAUUAUGAUGACUUGCAGCAACAAGUGCUGUAAAUUUUGUGAUCUCGUGGACAGAUCUAUAUUCUUCUUUCAAAAUUUAUUGUGUUUCCCAAUUUCUUAUUACCAUGUAAAAGAUUGCUUUAGUUGAUAUAGUUUGGAAUUGUUAUUGA